GUGGCAGUUCGCGUACGGCCGUUCAACAGCCGAGAAAAGGCGGCCAACGCUCAACUGAUUCUCAAGAUGGAAGGAGAUUCGACCGUCAUCACCAAUCCAGAGGAUAACACGGAAAAAAAGUUUGCCUUUGAUCACUCCUACUGGAGUCACGACCACUUUGAAGAGUUGGCCGAUGGCUACCUCGAGCCCACCGACCCGGUGUACGCCGAUCAAAAGCGCGUCUUUGCCGAUUUGGGUCAAGGCGUUCUCGACAAUGCAUGGAAUGGCUACAACGCCUCUCUCAUGGCCUAUGGCCAAACUGGGUCGGGCAAAUCCUACAGUAUGGUGGGCUACGGCGUGAACAAAGGGAUUGUCCCCGUGACCUGCGAGCAGCUCUUCAAGCAGAUCGAAAGCAAAAAUGCGGACAACAUUCAGUGCCAAGUUACCUUUUCCAUGCUCGAGAUUUACAACGAACAAGUUCGCGACCUCCUCUCGCAUCAAUCAGUUCGCGGUGGCAUGAAGGUGCGCCAACACCCCAAGAAGGGAUUUUACGUUGAAGGUCUCCGUGUCGUGCCUGUCGGCAACUACGCUGAUAUCGAGGCUCGUAUUGAAGAGGGCACCAAGAACCGCACCAUUGCAGCCACAAACAUGAACGCCACCAGCUCGCGUGCACAUACCAUUGUCACCAUCAAUUUUGCACAAAAGGCCCAGAAUGCUGAUAACGUCAACAUGACCAAAUCGUCAAGCAUCAACCUCGUUGAUCUUGCUGGCUCGGAACGCGCUGAGAGCACAGGUGCUACGGGCGAUCGACUCAAGGAGGGUGCAGCCAUCAACCAAUCGCUCUCGACUCUUGGCAAUGUCAUCUCAGCGCUUGUUGACGUGCAAAACGGCGAUCGCAAGAAAAUCAUUCCUUUCCGUGAUUCCGUCUUGACACGAUUGCUCAAGAAUGCACUUGGUGGCAACAGCAAGACUGUCAUGAUUGCAGCCUUGUCUCCAGCUGAUAUCAACUACGACGAGACGCUUUCCACACUGCGCUUUGCUGAUCGCGUCAAGAGUAUUAAGACACAAGCUGUGGUGAAUGAGACACCCACUGAGCGUCUUAUUCGUGAGCUGAAGGAAGAAAAUGCACGCCUUAUGGAGAUGCUCAAGGCAGGCAAACUGCCGGCCGGCAUGAUGCCCAUGUCCAUGGAUGGGUCGAAUUCGGAGAUGGAGGAGCAGCUACGACGCCAAAUGGAUGACAACCGGCGUUUGGAGGAGGAAAUGGCGCAAUGGGAAAAGCGGCUGCAAGAGGCCAAAGAAGAAAAAGAGCGCGCGGUUUCCCGCAACUCGGAGAAGGAAAAAAGAAAGCAAGUGCCACACUUUUGGAACAUGAACGCCGACCCUGCUUUGAGUGGCGUGGUGGCCUAUUUCCUGGAGCAGCCCACGUCGCUUAUUGGCAACGGCAAAGCCAACGAGGAAACGCACAUGAUCCUUAAGAGCGUCAACGUGGUGGGGCAUCACGCCGAGGUGACGCUCAAGGAUGACCUUGUGUUUUUGAAAAAAAUGUCCAAGCGUGCACAUAUUAUGCACAAUGGUAUCGAGAUUGGGGACGAUGUUGUGGAGCUGAAGCACCACGACCGCCUGCUCUUUGCACCGGGUCAGCUGUACUGUUUGAGUGUGCCCAAGGCUUCACUCAUUGGCAAGACUCUGGGCACGGCCGACGAUGAGAUCGCGCGUCACAAUGGCCUGACGGCGGAGGGUGAAAUGAGUCCGGAACAGCAAUUGCUGCAAAGCGAGAUCGUGGAAAUGGUGCCUCAUGUGGCCGAGGCGUCGGCCAUGGCCGAGGAGCUAGGGAAACCCAAGGUGUUUGAGAUCGAAGCCGUGUCCGAGAUUGAUCCGGAGACGGGCCGCAGCGGCAAGGCCGUCGUGAAGAUCUUGGUCACUGACACCGAGUCGGGCGCCUCGUGGUUGUGGUCGCCAACGUCGUUUUUGAACCGAAAAUACGCGAUGCAAGAGAUGUACAGCAACUUUACCGAGAAUGAUCCGGAAUGGGAUCGAGCUCCUGACUCGGAUCCGUUCUACGAACCGUUUGACCGCUUGGUAACCAUGGGCUUUUGCACAGUCUAUCUGCGCAACCUUAUGUACCUCAUUGAGGUGGAGCAGGCCAUCAAUAUUAUCAAUCAUCGCGGCGAGCCCAGAGGCAAGCUGGCCGUGGAGGUUGUGCCGUGUGAUGUGAAGGGCAAGCAGUCGCUCGAAUUGGAUGACAUCUUCAUUGAGUCACCCGAAGAACUCCUGGACCAGCGAGCCGACUUUUUAAUCAAGUUCAAGCUACUGGCAAAUGCGCCGGGGCACUUUGACAAGGCCGUGGUUCAUUGUGACUUUUUCGGCCAGCGCAUUGAAACGGCUCCGGUACGUCGACGGUAG